AUGUUGCGCCGAGUUAACUUUUAUUCAAUAUGUAUAGCGUUUGGUCUCAGUGUGCUGUUAAUUCUUGCUGGAAGUCGGUAUACAGAUAAUACUUACUACCGUCCAUCCCCUGAAAGCCAUCGAAUUAUUGAAAUAAGUAUACCACAAGAGAUUCCUACCAAUCCGUACGAUGGUUCUUUGAAUAUUGCUACAAUUAUGGAGAAAACACGGUAUAACAUAAAAAUCGAGUUAGAAAAUUACAAUUUUACAGUGUCAGGUGUGAAAAAGCUAGAUGAUUUAAUUAUGGAAUCUGGUGGUCAGCCUGUAAGAAGUAUUAUAAUCUCCACUUGGAGAUCAGGAACUACAUUCUUGGGUGAGGUGCUGAAUUCUGUGCCCGGCAAUUAUUAUCACUAUGAACCCCUUCUAAAUUAUGAAAUUAUACAAAUAAGAGGCACACCACACUCUGACAAAGCCUUGAAUAUGAUUACAAAGAUGUUGAAAUGUGAUUACGAGGGCAUGGAUGAUUACUUUGAAUAUGGUAAAACGCAUUUGCACCAGUUCAGUCACAAUACAAGACUGUGGGACCACUGUAAAUAUAGAAAGGAAUUGUGUUUCGAUGCAGACUUCACUUCUAAGUUUUGUAGACUCUUUCCAUUUCAAAGCAUGAAGGUAGUUCGUAUCAGACUACGACUUAUGAAACAAUUGUUGGAGAAUAAAGAGCUUAACAUUAAAGUAAUCCUAUUGAUCCGAGAUCCCCGUGGAGUAAUGCAGUCUAGACAACACCGUAACUUCUGUCAACCAUCUCCGGACUGCUGGAAACCUGAACUGUUGUGUGCUGAUAUGGUCAGCGAUUAUGUUGCAGCUAGUCGCCUGAUAUCGGAAUAUCCAGACCGACUUAUGGUGCAACGCUACGAAGAAUUAGCUUUAGAACCAAACAACACAGUGCCCCGACUUCUGAAGUUCCUAGGAAUCAGCCCGACGACGUCAGUUGAAGAGUUUCUUCUCUCUCACACCAAUGUUGAAGUAUCCGGAGUCAGUUCCACGUUCAGGGUCUCCCGUGAAGUGCCUUUUAAAUGGAGGAAUGUUUUAAAUUUCGACUAUGUUGAAGAUAUACAGAUGGCUUGCAAAGAAGCGUUAAAUCUUUGGGGAUAUAAACUAGCCCAUAAUGCAUCUCACAUGACCAGCAAAGACUUCAAUCCUCUAGACAAUUAUACUCUUGCGCAGUAA